AUGUUGCUGACGCAUUAUGACCCGAAGUUACCAAUCAUCGUAGCAACGGACGCCUCCAGCACGGGCAUCGGUGCAGUCAUCUUCCAUGAAUUUUCGAAUGGACAUCUGAAGGCAAUCCAGCACGCAUCAAAAUCUCUCACUCCAGCGGAGAAAGGUUACGGGCAGCCGGAAAAAGAAGCACUUGCACUAAAAUAUGCGGUAACGAAGUUUCACAAGUACCUCCUUGGGCGCAGAUUCACUCUGCUCACGGAUCACAAACCGCUGUUAUCAAUCUUUGGAUCGAAGAAGGGCAUUCCUUUGCACACCGCAAAUCGACUUCAACGAUGGGCAUUGAUGCUUCUCAACUACGACUUCGACAUUCGGCACGUGUCUACCAACGACUUCGGAUGCGCCGAUAUGCUGUCAAGACUCAUCGACCGUUCUAAGCAGCAAGAAGAGGAGUACGUUGUGGCAGCGAUAUCCCUAGAAAAAGACAUGGUGAGCAUAAUUCAAAACACUAUCGAGCAGGUACCAGUUUCGUUCGCAGACAUCCAAAGUGCAACACAGGCAAAUGAACCACUACAAGCGGUGCUGCAGUUCAUUCGUGAGGGUUGGCCAAACGAUGCACGAUCAGUCAAAGAUCCAGAGAUUCGAGUCUACUUCAACAGGCGGGAGUCUCUCACCAACGUCGAUGGCUGUAUACUGUUCCACGACAGGGUAGUCGUUCAGAGUAAGUUCAGAAGGCAAAUCCUGAAGCAGUUUCAUCGCGGACAUCCCGGCAUGGUACGAAUGAAGUCUAUUGCACGCAGUUUCGUUUACUGGCCCGAAAUCGACAACGACAUCGAGAAUUUCACCCGGCAAUGCACUCCCUGCUGCACUACUGGAAAAGCACCAGUCAAAACAACGCUUGAAUCAUGGCCCAUCCCUGAUAAGCCGUGGUCACGCAUCCAUAUUGACUACGCAGGACCUGUGGACGGCGUAUUUUUCCUGGUAGUUGUCGACCCGUACACCAAAUGGCCCGAAGUAUACGCAACUAAAACCACAACGACAAGAACAACAAUCAAGCUACUUACUCAAACGUUCGCAACAUUUGGCGAGCCAGAAACCAUCGUCUCAGAUAAUGGUACCCAGUUCACCAGCUACGAGUUCAGGAAUUUCUGUGAGAAUCAAGGCAUUCACCACGUCCGCACAGCACCAUUCCAUCCUCAAUCAAAUGGGUUAGCAGAACGGUUCGUGGAUACCUUGAAGCGCACUCCUCGGAAGAUCCGAUCGGGUGGAGACACACUGGAGGAAGCAUUGCAGACGUUUUUGCAAGUUUACAGCUCAACACCAACGGCUGACCUAGGUGAAAAGUCUCCUGCGGAAAUAAUCAAAAACAUGACUGAACCUAACAUCAAUACGAUGCAGAUGGAGGUUGAUAGAGAAGAGGCAAUUAUGGAAAGCAGUUCGAUAGAGGAUAUUCCUUCUUGCUCUUCGUCUAUUUUGGAUACUCCGGUUGGAGCCGGCGACGGUUUUGAAGACGACGACGACUUCGAAGAUGGGAUAAAUAUCACCAUACUGUCAACAACAACUAAUCGAAUAUCCACCUGCAGUUGCUACUGA